AUGUUCGCGGCCAACCAUAAUUCGCCGGCGAACGACGCCGUCCACCUGGCGUCGGCGCCGCCCCCACACGCUGCUGCGGAGGCCACGCAGCUGCCCGCCGAGGGAUGCCGGCCCAUUCCUGCCCAGCUGGAUCUCAUCGACAGCAAACAGGCACCUCGCACCAGGAAGCAGCUCCAGAAACUGAUGGGGCUGCUCAACUGGUUGCGGUCAUUCAUACCCCAUUUGGCCACUAUCACAGCACCCAUGACCGACCUCCUAUCGCCCAAGUCAAAGUUAUGGUGGACGACCGCCGCCGAGCAGGCCCUGACCGCGGUCAAGCAGCGAUUCAGAGAGUGCCACAACCUAUCGCGCCUGGACCCAGACGAACCCAUCUUCGUCCAGACGGAUGCCAGCCAAGAGGGCAUGGGGGCGGUGCUCUACCAGGAAGGGGGAGACGGGGAGCGGCGAGUGGCCGAGUAUGCCAGCGCCAAGUUCUGCCCCGCAGAACGCCGCUAUCAUGCAAACAAGCAGGAGUGCCUUGCGGUGGUGUGGGCCCAAGGGCGCCUUCGAACACAUCCCUGGGCGGGAGAACCAGCUGGCAGACGAGCUGUCCCAUCACCCGAGCCCUUCAAUACUGUGGCCCUCGACAUCAUGGGGCCCUACCCCCGCACGACCUGGGGAAAGCGCUUCCUCGUUGUGACCACCGACAUAUUCACGCGAUGGUCAGAGGCGUUCGCUGUGUCCAACGUACGCGCAGGGACGAUAGUGGCCCUCCUGGACAGCGAGGCAUUCCCCCGCUACGGGUACCCAAAGACUCUACUCACAGACAACGGUACCCAGUUCACAGGGAGACGUUGGGCGGCAGACUGCCGACGCUGUGGAGUUGAGCAUCACACUACCCCGACGUACCACCCGAGGGCGAACCCGACGGAGCGACGCAACCAGGACAUCAAAGUUCAGUUGCGCCUCCGCCUGGGGGAUGAUCACUCGAAAUGGGACGUACACCUGCCCAAGUUGCUCUACUGCCUGCGCCAGCUAGUCAAUGCCGUAACCGGCCAUUCCCCCGUGGAACUGUUCCACGGUCAGAACCUCGCCCUACCGGGCGAGCUGCGGGUCGCCGAGGGAGUGCCCAAGGGCCCCCACCCCAAGCGCACCAGCCUCACAUGCCAUGUCACCAGUCGGCCAAUCACCCUACCACCAACCCACCACCAUGGACACCACAUCGCCAACAUCACCACUCCCGUCACCAGCUCCCCAUCCUACAUCACCAGCCACACCACCAGCCACACCACCACCCACCACCUCACCCGCCGACACGCAGGAAGUGAGCCGGCCCACCAUCAUAGCUGA